CCGAAGAACCUGCAGCCCAGACUCCCAGUAGCUGGCCAUGGGCGGCGGCGGAGGGGCACGGUUGAAUUUAGGCCUCUUUGCCCCUAGCUGGAACCCGGUGCACUUCCGCCAGAGCGCCUGAGCUCGCCCUUAACUUGCCCAGUGCUACCGCGGCCCCCCGGCAAGGCGCAGCUGGGUGCUAAGGGAGGUCUAAGCAGCGCGACUGCUGGUUCUCUGGUUUGUGCUGGCGAGGCGGCGGCCAGUGGUGCUCCGCGGCAGUGGCACUCCCUCCAAAGCCUCCUCUGUACCUGCGGCGUCGCCACUCGUCAGUGGGUCCAGCCAGCUCCAGGCUAGGAGGGACAGGGACCCUCCAGCCAGCCUGCCGCCCCCUGCCCUGACCGUGGCCGAAGGAGCACAGCCUAAUUGCGGACCCACCCACUUGCUGAUCCAGUUGCUCUACUCGCUGCUUGCAAGCUAAAAAUAGUUGGCCAACCCUCCCUCUAUGCUUUUGUGGCCCUGUCCUCUGUUGUGACCAUGGAGACUCUCAGCAGCUGCCAGACUGCCUUCCUCUCUGAGCUGAUGCCCAAUGGUUACCUGGCCCAGAUUUUCCCAGGCCACCCUGGGGUAAAUGGCCUGGCCGUAAAGGUGGGGCUGGAGCAGCCUGAGCGGUGUGACCAAAGUGACUUGAGUCCCAGGAAAGAGAAUGGUCAGAACAAGAAGAAAACCAAAGUCAACAAGAUCUGGAAUUUUGUGAGCCGCAGAAAAGGGGCCUCCAGUCAGGGGAAGCGACCACAGUCCAUGAUUUUACUGGAAGAUACUUCCAGGCCAUCAGAGUUAAAGUCCAAGGUCACAUUAAUGGAUCGAAUGAAGUCAUUUAAAAGGUUGAAGCCUCCAACUGGGGCCUGCAAGAAUACUCUUCCUAGGAGCAACAAGGCUCAGGAACCCCAGGAGGUUCCAGGUACCUACCACAUGAGGAAGGCCGAGGAGGCCCCAAAGCCUUUCCGCUAUUCUUACUCAGGACACAUUGAGAGCUUGGAACCCUUCCUUGCAGAUGUGCAGAGGCUGGUGCAUGUCCCCAAGAGGGUGAACCAGAAAGAGCUGGCCUUUGAUGAUACUGGCAUCCAACUGGAGGAGGACUGCUGGGGAAAAGAGUCCCCUGAGCAGCAUAGUAGGGGUAGGCAGGCCAGGAGUUACCAGAAAAGUAUGUUCCCUGGGGAAGAUGAAGCCCCAUGCACAUUAGCUGGAGACAACAGGAUCCAGGAGCUUGAGGCUUCCAUUGAGGCCUCCACCUUGGAAGGAAAGAUGGAAAGGAACUAUGAGGAGAGCCCAGUGCACUCACGUCGAGACAAGACUGUGCCAUUUGGUAGUGUUGUAAAGUUCUUCAACAACAUGGCUGAGGUGGCCCGCAAGUGGCGUGCAUUCCCGCGGGAAGAGCUGCAGAUGGGCCGCCACCAUGGCGAAGCCUACUUCAUCAGUGGUGGGAGUGAAGGCAUCAUCCUGGAGGGUACUGCUUCUCGGACCUCCUUCUCACUCAACCUUCCCUCCCAACCCCCCAAGGCUGCUCUGUGGGGCAGUGUCAUUGGGAGGCACCAGCACCACCACCACAAGGACUCACAAGCCUCAUGCACCUUUGAAAUGAGCAUUGAGGGCAAGGAGACUUUGGGUAAUGCCCUUGCAGGUCCCUGCAAUGCUACUGCCUUGACCACGACAUCAGCUGCCUGCAAGUUCCAGGACAACCUAACUCCAGAGAAUGGCUGCAGCUGCCACUAUAGCCAUGCCUUCACCAGAGAGCAUUCCUCUUCUGAGGAGCUCAAUGAAGACACUGAGACUGUGGUCAGCUUCCCUAAGGAAGAUGACAGUGCCAGAAUGUCCCCUGAGCUGGGCACCUGUGCCAGAAAUGUCACCACCAAAGCUGUCAUGGAGAAGCUAGAGAAACCUAAUGAGUUGAAGGAAUCAGAGACCCACAGGGGGCCAGAGGAACCCAUCCAGGCAGGGAAGCCCCAGGAUUCUGAUUUGGAUAUGAUAACAACAGAUGCAGAGAGGGAAGCCAGCAAAGUCUGUACUGGAGUCCUCGGUACUCAGGUUUUCUUUCCCCCAGACGAACCAUCACCAAGGACUCCACCCCUCAAAAUCCUCCUGGAAAAAUGUCACUCUCUGCCCAUCUCAAAGGGCAUCCCCCGGGAGCUGGAUCAAGUGAGCUGGAGGAGAUUCAGAAAGAUUUGCACAGAUAACUUGAACCAGAGAUCCAAGACACUAGAAACCUAUAAGAACAUCACUGGAUACUUGAACCCCCAGGGACCAGGAACCAAGUAUGUUAAUGAGCUGAUCACUGGAGAUUCCAUCGUUAGUGCUGAGGCAGUAUGGGAUCACGUCACCAUGGCCAACCGGGAGUUGGCAUUUAAAGCUGGCGACGUCAUCAAAGUCUUGGAUGCUUCCAACAAGGAUUGGUGGUGGGGCCAGAUCGACGAUGAGGAGGGAUGGUUUCCUGCCAGCUUUGUGAGGCUCUGGGUCAACCAGGAGGAUGGGGUGGAGGAAGGGCCCAGUGAUGUUCAGAAUGGGCACCUGGACCCUAACUCAGACUGCCUCUGUCUGGGCCGGCCACUCCAGAACCGGGACCAGAUGCGGGCCAACGUCAUCAAUGAGAUCAUGAGCACCGAGCGUCAUUACAUCAAGCACCUCAAGGACAUUUGUGAGGGCUACCUGAAGCAGUGCCGGAAGAGAAGGGACAUGUUCAGUGAUGAGCAACUGAAGGUGAUCUUUGGGAACAUUGAAGACAUCUACAGGUUUCAGAUGGGCUUCGUAAGAGACCUGGAGAAACAGUACAACAAUGAUGACCCCCACCUCAGUGAGAUAGGACCCUGCUUCCUGGAGCACCAAGAUGGAUUCUGGAUAUACUCUGAGUACUGUAACAACCACCUGGAUGCUUGUAUGGAGCUCUCCAAACUGAUGAAAGACAGCCGCUACCAGCACUUCUUUGAGGCCUGUCGCCUCUUGCAGCAGAUGAUCGACAUUGCUAUUGAUGGUUUCCUUUUGACGCCAGUGCAGAAGAUCUGCAAGUAUCCCUUACAGUUGGCUGAGCUCCUUAAAUAUACCGCCCAGGACCAUAGUGACUACAGGUAUGUGGCAGCUGCUCUGGCUGUCAUGAGAAAUGUGACUCAGCAGAUCAAUGAACGUAAGCGGCGUUUGGAGAAUAUCGACAAGAUUGCCCAAUGGCAGGCCUCUGUCCUAGACUGGGAGGGUGAGGACAUCCUAGACAGGAGCUCGGAGCUGAUCUACACUGGGGAGAUGGCCUGGAUCUACCAGCCCUAUGGCCGCAACCAGCAGCGGGUGUUCUUCCUGUUUGACCACCAGAUGGUCCUGUGCAAGAAGGACUUGAUCCGGAGAGACAUCCUCUACUACAAAGGCCGCAUUGACAUGGAUAAAUAUGAGGUAGUUGACAUUGAAGAUGGCAGAGAUGAUGACUUUAACGUUAGUAUGAAGAAUGCCUUUAAGCUUCACAACAAGGAGACUGAGGAGAUACAUCUAUUCUUUGCCAAGAAGUUGGAGGAGAAGAUACGCUGGCUCAGGGCAUUCAGAGAAGAGAGGAAAAUGGUACAGGAAGAUGAAAAAAUCGGCUUUGAAAUUUCUGAAAACCAGAAGAGGCAGGCUGCAAUGACUGUGAGAAAAGUCCCUAAACAAAAAGGUGUCAACGCUGGCCGCUCCGUUCCUCCUUCCUACCCACCACCGCAGGACCCAUUAAACCAGGGGCAGUACCUGGUCCCUGAUGGCAUCGCUCAGUCGCAGGUCUUUGAGUUCACCGAACCCAAGCGCAGCCAGUCACCAUUCUGGCAAAACUUCAGCAGGUUAACCCCUUUCAAAAAAUAAUACCUACAGGGAGGCAGAUAAUUUUAAAUUAAAGUAAAUAACAUUAUAUUUAUAGAUGGACCUUUUUUCGGAGAAGCACUGUUGAAAUUUAUACACACACGCACAAAUACAUACACAGACCCUUGAGUGUACACACACACACACACACACACACACACACACACACACACACACACACAUUCACAUACUCAAGCGCGUGUGUGCAUAGAAGGACCAAAAAUGUUUUCUGUUGUUUUGGGGAAGUAAAAUCUGUAGUUGGUAGGAAGAAGUACCAAUGACUUCCAAAUAUGUGAUCCCUUCUUAAAAAGUUUUCCAUUAUUGCCCUGCUGCCCCCCUCCUCUUUACUUUCAGAAAUUGACAUUUCUAUUUGUUCCUUUUCUUGUUGAGAUAAUCUUUUUGCUCUCCUGUGAUUGAUUCAUUGACUUGUCAUUAUUACCAUAGAUGUGUUUGUAUUGUUUUUUACUUUCCUGAUGAUACUUAUGUUGAUGACUUUUGAAUUUAAUUUGAUGUGCUGGAGUUUGGGAGUUCCAAAUUUCUUUUUUCCCUUUUAAUUUUCACUGGAUUGAGGGAGGAUCCCCUUUUUCCUCUCCCUCAACUGACCAUCUGCGAAUGUUUCUGCAACCCUGCAGUUGCCCCAAAUAGCCUUUUCCUUGCAUCUUCUGUCCUCAGUCAUGCCAGUCUGGACAUGAUCUAUUGUGCCCUGUGACAUAACUGCUCAAUAUUUCUAUUGCUUUCACUGUAUUUUAGGUGUUGUAGAGGGAUCGAAACUAAGCAGAAGCAAGGAGUAUCAGAGAAUGAUGCUGGAGAGGACUUCUGUUUAGGGAACAUUCUGCAUUUGGGCUGCUUCUUCUCCUACCAGUGGGGGGUCCCAUGUUGCAGCACUGCUGGGUCUUAAUAGUUUUAUAUCUGGGGUCUAGUUUGGGUCAGUUAUUCUCUUCUUCAUGCUGCUUCGGUUAUAGUGUUUCUUCUAGGCUUGUCCCUCCCCUACCAUAAAAAAAUCUGAGUUGGAAGCAAAGAGGCUAAGAAUCUGCUUCCUAGAGGAGGGAUUCAACUGCCUCCAGCAUCAAGUAUGUUUAGGAUGGGGUUCCCCAAUGCAAUCAGUUCGGAAGCCUGUUUGUACCUGCUUCACAUUUGCAGAUUGUUUAGGCAGCAUUGCUAGGAGUCUGUGAGAAAUCAAGACAGCGCCCACCUGACCAAGAUCAUCAACUAUCUUCAAAUUACAGACCUGGACAGGAUCCAAGGCUGACAGUAAUCUCUUAUAGAAAAGAACAAAGACGGGCAUGGAAAUAGCCUCUGCCCAAGAUAUGUACCUGUAGUUCCUAACACUGAAGUCACGUGAAACUUACCCCAUUAAACAGAUUGCAUGGAUAAUCUUCCAUGACUCCUUACACCCCCUCUCCCUGUCUUCCUUCUUUAUCCUGCUCUCCUGUCACAGGAGGAUUGCUGGUAUAAGCAUAGUUAACACACUUAUAGCACUCAAAAAAAUGCCCUGUUUCCAACAUUUUCCUAUCCCACAACAUUUGAAGCAAGCAAGUGAGGAGCCGAGGGGACUUUUCCUUCUGGAGAAAGGAUCUGAGGCAGAGAUGCUACCCUCAGUAUCAUUUUGUGUAGGCUUUAUACUUGGGGAAAAAAAACUAACUUCCAUCACAAAGAGGCAGGCUCCCUAUGGGUACAGUACCUAUUCUUCCUCUCCAUAUGGCCCCUUGAGUGAAUAGACCUUCAAUAGCAAGGAGGAUGGAGUACAAAGGAGUGAGGAUGGGUCCUACUAAGGAGAGCCAUUCUAGUGAGGAAUCUGGAGAUUGUGAAUCUGUCCUGGAUAUCGUGGGAGAAGACUUCAUCAUGAAAGAACCUCAGCAUAAUGAGCAGAAAUUACGGCUGUAUAGGACACUCAGCAUAGCUGACUUGAUCGCUGCUCUAUACCUCCUGACCCAAACCAGGACCUGCCCAGCCUGGGAAGUUUUCCUCUAUGGAAAUCAAAUUGUAAGCUGUUUAAGAUCCCAUUCCACAACAACCAAAUCAGGCUUGAGGAGCAAGCCAAGGGUAAGCCUAAGCUGGGCAGAGUGCCGGGGCUCGGGACUGGCCACCACUGCUCAGCGCAUGACCCAGUUAUUUAAGACCCCUUGGCAAGGAACCUCGUACCCAGCACCUAAACUAAAAUGGCCUCCGUGGCAAUCAUAAUGUUUUUCAAUGGCUGUGUAGGCCUCCCUUGAGUAUACAUCCUUUUUCUACUUUCCAUUCCUUCCCACCAGGCUUGGCCUUGACAUAUUUCCCCAGGGCAUGGGGGCACACCAAGAGAGGAUGCUUAGAUAAGUUCCUGCAUCUACAUCUUCUUUUGGCCAAGCUCCCUCAUCCCCCACCCCACUCCCCUAGGCUGUUCAUAGAGAUCCAGGAUCAGGGAUUAUCAUCUCUUCCCACCCACUUCUCAUCCACCCAAACCCCUGGCCUCAUCAGAUGCAAAUAACUUGUGAAAACAGUAAGAUAACUUGUGAAAUCAGUUCACCAUUGGUUGAAAUAUUCCCCUAAGCUAUGGAAGCAAAACGGAUCAGCCUCAAGGGGAGCCCAAUUACCUGGGCUCAUGUUCCAAGCCUAUUCUCUAUCCCCACACUAAUGCUAUCCCCAAGACAUUUGUAAUAUCUGUUUCUGCAUGACCCAGAGCUUCCCUUUCCUCAACUCAAUGAGGCCUGGAUUAGCUCUACAAAAGGUUUUACUAGUAUAUUCUAUGGGUCCUUCUGUGGGAUGGUCCUAACAUAGAAAUCCAACUUCUCUCUCUAUCCCUCCUUCCCUUCUUUGUAUGUGUAUAUCUCUAAAGGAUUUUUAAAGACAGCAACAAGAGAGUUCUAGCAAUUCUAGCGUGAAGCCAAAUAGUGAACUUUUAGUGCUUUGGAGAUGGAGUGGGCUGGGGUGGAUGGAUGGGCAACAGUGAUUUUGAUUACCCCUGCUGCUCUGCAUUUGCCAGUUUAUUUCAUUUCUUCUAUCUGACUGUUUGACCCUGUCAAACAAGUGUCAAAAUUGUGUGUUUUAAAAAACAAUGUUUAACAAAAAAUAUGAUGUUGUAAUGACACAAAGCCUUAUGAAAAUAUUUAUGGAGUUCAAUAAAAGAAGUAAAAAGACACCUC